CAAAUUUCAAAAACUUGUUUUCGCCUUGUCAUUAUGGGCUGUUUGUGUAGAUUGAGGAAAACUUUUUUUUACAUUUUAGAAUAAGGGUGUAACGUAACAAAAUGUGGAAAAAGUCAAGGAAUGGGUCUGAAUACUUUCCAAUGCACUGUAUCUCUGAGAAAAUUAUUUUGGUAGAUAGCCAAGACGGAAAGGAAACAACACUUUUUUUCAGGAUAAUUUGAAGGAAAUACCACCUAACAUCGGUUUCCAAAUAGCGACAGGGUUUGGCUUUCAUUUUAAUUAUAGCGUAACCCUCAAAUCCAUGAAUUCAUGUCAGGCCAGAGACAUUUAUGGGAGGAGUGGCCAUUUAUUUAUUCUUUUACCACCGUGGUCUGAAAAUGAUAGUUGUGUCCCUCUACGGACUGACAUGUAUGACAAAAAACACUGAUAUUAAUCUGUUUUAAGCAAUCAAUUUUGUGAGAUUGUGAUGAAUAUAAACUUUAAUAUGAACAAUUAACCAUUCUGAGGUUAAAAGUAUGUGCAUUUCCUGUAAUAUUGUGUGGUGAAAACUUUAGUCUGUGUAAUGUAGCAACGUGUUCUGUCCACCAUAGACAAAUUAGCAUAAUAUAACAUAAUGAAAUAUGUCAAAGUAAUGCAACAUUUUAAUAUAGGGUGACAGUAAAUGUAGCACACUCACCCAUUAUUACAAUGACAUCUAUUUCAUCCUACUUUAACCAAUUUAAAAACACAAUUUAACCAGUCAGUCUAGACUAGAGCUUCCACAUGGUCUGUGCAGCAGGCUGAACAUUUGAAGUCCCUACUGUCGAUGCGAAUUUCAACUUCAAAAACACCUUUUGAGAUCCACGAUGACAUAGAAGCGCAUGGGGUUGUCCCUGGGCCUGGAGAGUGGGAAGUGCACUGCAGACAAUCUCGUCCUGGCCAAGUCCCUCAUUCCCAAGUCCCUGGAGAUCUACAUCAUAGGCAUGGCCAGAGGCACCAGUCAAACAAGGUUUCAGCUCUUUCCCAGAUGACCUGGACUCUGCCUCUUUGAAUGGAAGGAGGAGUUACAGCCACAGUAGCGCCACCCUCUCUGAGUCUCGAGGCCAGAUGCCCAGCUCCUUCAACGAGGAAGAGGAGGACGAUGAUGACAACGAACCCUCUUCCCCAGAGUGACUGACGGACAGACAGCUAGCCAGGCAUCAGUGAUGCACCAUACCUCUCUCUCUGACGCAGGUCUCUCAUCUCCUACUCUGUUCACAUGGGGAAUGGAAGUUCUCUGGGGAUGUGGCCAGAUAUACAGGAAAUAGGUUGCCAGUCAUUCAGGUCUAUGAUAUGAUAUUUUAGAAGCAUUUAUAUAUCUUUUUCUGUCUUAAUUUCUCCCUUGUAGUUAUUUUGGUCAAUGUCUUCAUGGCUGCUGCCCCUGUAUUUCCUGCAGCGGCGAAAAGGUUCCAAAUUUUUCUGCCAAGAGGCGAUAUCUGCGUAAUCUCGAAAAAAUCUGUUGUUUUUAGAUGGAGUGCAAUGUUUUGUAGUCAUAUUCUACUCUACAUACGUGCUAGAGGAGUGUGGCUAUGCAUAAAAACAUUCACCACAGACUCGUGCCGGAAUAUUUUUCAGGAUUAUUGAAGAUGUCUUCUUAUUAAUUUCCCUGUUACAAUGAAACAUGUCAAACGUAUAUGAAUAGUAUGUGUGUUGAUGUAUGCUAUUGGUUUGACUUUCUGUUCCUCCUUUAACGCAAUGUUUGUCUAAUCAAUGGGAUCCUGUCCAAUCCUAUUCUAAGUUUGCAUUUUAAUUUAAGGUCUGUUUAGGUUAAUAGAAGUCUUCUAGAAGAUUUCUAGGCUUCUUUAAACCACCCCAAAACAUUCUGUAAAAUAUAUAUUUUAUUACUCUACUUAUGAUACUCCUUUACUAAUUUUUGCAGUUUAAUGUCAGCCAUUAGAUGCAACUGUGUGGAAAGAUGCCAGCAGUAACCUUUAACCCAUGUAUUAGCCCUACCUUGUCUAGAAACAAGGGUACAUGAGUACAUUUAGUUUAAUUUUAAGUGUGAAUUAUUAUUAGUCUGUCUAUCAUCAAUGCCUUUUUUAAUAUAAUCAUUGUGCCGAUAUGUGAUGGCCUAUUCCGUUCAAUGCGUUGUAUCCUCCUGAACACAACCUCUGUGUCAUCGUGACCUUUGGACACUUGAGCACAUUAGGCCCUCCACUCUGGACAUUGCACUUGGGGAAAUGUGUGUACUCUCUUUUAGAAUGUUCUGCUUUGUGGUUGCAGAUAUGACUGGGUCUGUAAAUAUACAUAAACAUAAUUUUGGCUAAAUUAAUAUUUUCAAGAAGAAUUUUCUCCAAGUUUAGGUAUUUAUCUCUUGGACACAACAUUUCCUUGUGUCAGUAAGCCUUCUAUUUAGGACUGUGUUUCUUUGUCCUGGUCCUGGGGACACAAAGGGGUGCACAUUUUUGUUUUACACACCUGAUUCCACUAAUCAUUGAUUUGAUGUUGAGUUGAUUAGUGGAAUUGGGUGUGAUGCUACUUUUGCAGCCUUUGGGUCCGCAGGACCAGGAUUGAGAAACACUGAUUUAGAAAAUGUCCACUUGGUUUAAUGGGUAAGAUGUUGGUUUGAUUGGUGACUAAAUGAUUAAGUGUGUGGGUAUGUAAAAUGUUAUGACCCGUUCUUUAAUCCUUGAGCGUAACCCUUUUAGAGUAGAAAUCCCCAGAGUGAAAUUCUCUCUCAGCCUUGCCAAGGCCUUCUGUUUUAAAGAUGGGUGCACCUCAAUAGUCUCAAGUAGCUUCCUCUUCAUCUGCACCGAUCUGAAAUCAUGGGAUAGUUGAAAACAUUAGUGCAGAUUAAUUGAGUAGGCAUUGAGACUGAAGAGGAAUUUAGCCAAAAUUAUGUUUAUGUAUACUUUAGACUAAUUGAAUGUACCCAUUGAAAAACUUCACACUUACAUCUGGGGCUCGGCAUCUGAUCCAACCAUAAAUCUAUAAAUUAUUUUUUUUCAUUUGACCUUUAUUUAACUAGACAAGCCAGUUAAGAACAAAUUCUUAUUUACAAUGACGACCUACUCCGGCCAAACCUUGACGACGCUGGGCAAAUUGUGCGCCGCCCCCUAUGGGACUCCAAAUCACAGCCGGAUGUGAUACAGCCUGGAUUGUGCCCCUGGACUGAGAGGAUUUAAGUUCAAUAUGUAGCUAGAUGUACAAGGCUAAUGUUGCCCAUGAGAGGAAGUUAGGUUUGUAAGCAAGCAUUUUAGCCAGGUAGCCUGUGACAACAAAAAAUAAAAGCAUGUACUUCAUGAAAGUCAUAAACUGUUUUGUCGACAUGAAAGCGAGGAGGAUGGCAAGUAAGCCCUGAUAUUGCUUUUCUACCUGGUCUUCUAUGGCUUCCUGGCGGGGAUGUUCACGCUCACCAUGUGGGUCAUGCUGCAGACACUAGACGACAACAUUCCUACAUACCGCGACCGAGUGGCCAGUCCAGGUUUGGUGAUCAGGCCCCGGUCCUUGGACAUCGUCUUCAACCGCACAGACCCUAAGCAGUACGGCCAGUAUGUCCAGCAUCUGGAAAACUUCCUCCAGCAAUACAACGACACUGUGCAGGAGAAGAACGAGCUGUGUAUGGUGGGAGAGUACUAUGAGCAGGAUGAUCAGGAGGAGAAGAAGGUGUGUCAGUUCAAGCGCAAUCUGCUCCGGCAGUGCUCCGGCCUGUCUGACACCACCUUUGGCUACGCUGAGGGCAAACCCUGCGUCCUAGUCAAGAUGAACAGGAUCAUUGGACUGAAACCGCGAGGGGACCCCUACAUUAACUGCACAGCUAAGAGAGAAAGCCCCCUGCAGAUGCAGUACUUCCCAUCCGAGGGGCGUUUCGAUAAGAUGUAUUUCCCUUAUUACGGGAAGAAUUUGCAUUCAACCUACGUUCAGCCCCUGGUUGCGGUCAAGCUUCUGCUGACCAAGGAAGACUACAACAACGAGCUGACCAUGGAGUGUAAGAUCGAGGGCUCCGACCUGCGGAAUAGUGACGACCGCGACAAGUUCCUGGGGCGCGUCACAUUCAGGGUCAAAGUGGUCGAGUAGUGGUUCAGGAAAACCACUAGAGCUGCACAAUGCCGUCUUUACGUGUAAUCAAUGCCCUCACCCAUCUCCACUGAACCGUCCUCCUCAAUCCACUCCCCCCCUCCAUCCGGCCAGGACCAGGCCCUGCCCCCUUGGCUACUGGAGGGGUGGAUCAGGGGAAGCUACGGUAGCAUGGUGGUGUGCUCCUUAUAUUCGUUUUUAAAUCCCCAUCCCCUAUCAUAUGUCACUGACUCCUCCACCUGCCAGCCCCCCACUUGGCCCUUCAUCACACCAUGAAAAGGGAAAUACAAUAAACUAACAAUUUGAAUCCCCCCUCAAACACACACACACCUCUCACCUCCAAUAAAGUCAGUGGUGAUGUAGCGAUGAACCUGUAUAUAGCUGUAUUUGGAGCAUUGAAUUGAUGUGGUAUCCCGUAGUGCUGUGCAGUUUGCUGUGUGUGAUGUGUUGUUUCUGUAUGUACAUACUUGAUGGCUAUAAACACUGUUUCUGUCUUUAGCUCACUGUCUGAACGCUGUAAGAAAUCAAACGAAGAAAUAAUGAAUAGCUGUAAUUUAAGAUUAUUGUUUAAGAGAAUACAUUUAAGGAUGAAAAAUGCACAAAAAUAUAUCGGCUUAUAAUUAAAUCUACCUGUCCAACAUCUAAGGGAAGAGGUUUUUACACACCUAUGGGAACUGUGCUUUGUACAGAUGCCUUAAGGUCUGUAUGAGAACAAAUUUGAAAUAAAGAUGAUUUUUUUUAAAAUCUCAA